AUGGAAGCAGAAUUAAAGGAAGAACAAGAAGACGCACUGGGCCUAUACAUGAAUCUUUAUGCUCGUCCAGAUUCUUCUUCGUUUGAAGAUUGGAAAUAUUCUUCUUCACAACAAAUCCGGUAUAAAACCAGCCAUGUUUGUUCUUUUAUAACCCAUAUUGUGGGCCUCAGAAACCACCCUGCUAUAGUAUUCAGUGACCAUGAAUUGGUUACACUUGUACGUUAUCAACAAUGCCCUCGUGAUAAGUAUGCUAUAAAAGUUUUCAAUACUACUUCUAUGGAGGUGGGUUACCUUCAUGAUCAAGCUUCGGCUGCUUUAUCUCCUUUAAUUGAUGCUCAAAUGAUUAAUCUUGAAGGUGAGGUGACUGAUUCAAGAACUGGAGAUGUUAAGUACUCUGUUCCUUGUCUCGUUAGAGUCUUUUCAAAGUCAACUGACCUAGAGAAUGUUACACAAUCGAUUUUUGGAAAUACUUUGAGCUUCACUGGUGAGCCUCGUACAAAUCCCGAGACAAAUGAGGGUAAGGGGGAUAAAGAAAAGGGUAGGAUAGAGAAAUUGGGGACUUUAGAGCCACCAAAGGAGGUGAUUAAAGCUAAACUUCUUGAUCAUCAAAAGGUGGGUUUGUGGUGGUUGGUGAAUAAAGAGAACUCUGAUGAGUUGCCCCCUUUUUGGGAGAUGAAAGAUGGGUUGUAUGUGAAUGUUUUAACAAGGAAUCGAACGAAUAGGAAACCGGAGCCUUUGCAUGGCGGGAUUUUUGCUGAUGAUUAUGGAACGGGCAAAACUCUAACUUUGCUUUCUUUGAUUGCUUUUGAUAAGGUUGGCAAUGUCCCUGAAGGAACAGGUGAGGAGGAUGAGGGAGUGUCUGUUUGUAGUUGUAAGAAGAGAGGAAGGGUGAGUGAAAAGGGUACUGGAGAACCAAAUACACAUACCCUUUUGGAUAGCAAUAUAAAAGAAAGUUCUGGGGGCAUGGCUGAUAAGUCUUCUAGUGCUUCGGUGGCUAAGCAAACAUUAAUUGUGUGCCCGUCUUCUGUGUGUUCAACAUGGAAAAACCAACUACUGGAGCACACAGAAAAAGGAUCGCUCAAGUUACACAAGUAUUAUGGGGAUAGCAAGAUUAAGGAUGUUGAGGAGCUUAAGAGAUACGAUAUAGUGUUGACAACGUAUGGUGCCUUCGCUAAUGAGUCCUUUGAAAGGUGGUGCCCAUUGUUGAAGAUCGAGUGGUGGCGAGUCAUUUUGGAUGAGGCUGAUGUGAUUAAGAAUGCAAAUGCCAUGCAAAGUAAGGCAGUCGCUGGUUUGACCGCUAGGAGGAGGUGGGCUGUUACAGGAGCACCCAUCCAGAAUGGAUCGUUUGAUUUAUUUGCCUUGAUUGCAUUUUUGCGAUUAGAUCCACUCUCUAAAAAAAGCUACUGGCAAAGCCUGUUGGAGAGGCCACUUGCUAAGAAGGAUGGGAAUGGAUUCUCGCGACUGCAGGAUUUAAUGGCGGCCAUUUCUUUGCGGAGAACGAAAGACAGGGUUUUAGUUGGCCGAUUACGAUCAAAAACUGUAGAGACAGUUCGCUUUAAAAUUUAUGGAGACGAACGUGAACUGUAUGAUCAGAUGGAAGCAGAAUCCAAGAAAGUUGUCCGCAAACUCAUUGCUACUGGUAGACUAAACAGAAUCUCUGCAUCUAUACGCGGUGCAGUCAUACGACUUCGCCAGAUGUGUAAUGAUGCAACCCCGUUCUCGUUGUAUCUCAAAUCAUUGCUACCUUCUGACGAUAUAGGAGAUGCAUCAGAACACCCAGAAUUGCUCCGAAAGUUGAUCGAUGUGCUUCGCGAAGAUGAAGAUUUUGACUGUGCAAUUUGUUAUUGUCCACCAACUGAUGCUGUGAUCACAAUAUGUAAACAUGUAUUUUGCAAACGAUGCAUUGGGACUUGCCUGCAGAGAACCAGAACCAGCUGCCCAAUUUGUCGUGGUCGUAUUUCGAUGUCUGACCUGUUCUCAGCUCCUCCUGAAUCUUCCGAUCCUGAAGAUCCUAGAAAAUCUACAGCAAUAAUUCCUUCCAAAGUCUCAACUCUCAUAAAACUCCUGAAGGAAUCUAGGGACGUGAGACCAACCAGUAAAUCAGUGGUUUUUACAAUAUUCCAGAAGAUGUUGGUAAUACUUGAAGGGCCACUGAAAGACGCUGGCUUCAAUGUAUUGCGGUUGGAUGCAUUAGCAGAUGCUAGAAGGAGAGGUGGAAUAAUCAAGAAAUUUCGAUCAGCAGGACAGAACACAGUUCUGCUUGCGAACGUUAAAGUUUCAGGAGCCGGCAUAAACCUCACAGCUGCUUCCGAAGUCUACUUGUUGGAGCCGUGGUGGAACUCAGAAUUGGAGGAACAGGCAAUAGACCGUGUUCACCAAUAUGGACAGGAGAAGAAUGUAAUAAUUGUUAGAUUGAUUGUUCAAGAUAGCAUUGAAGAAAGGAUAUUGAUGAUGCAGGAAAGGAAGAAACAGGCAAUUGAAGCUUUCGGAAUGCGGGGACCCAAGGAACGACGCGAGGUUAGCUUAGAAGACCUCUGUAGCCUCUUAUCCUUGGAAUAACAUUCCCAUGUGCAUGCCUGCACCCUGCACAUGGUGUUCUCAAGGCGGUAGAAGAAGGCCAAAUCUCGAAUCUCUAUAGCUUAGGUUCUCCUUUGUUUGUAGACCUAAAAAAAGUGCAUCUUUUCAAGUGUUCUUGGAAUUCUUGGAGGUUGAUUUCUAUACUUGUUUGCAUGACAAGAAAU